CGGCGGCAGCGGCGAGGCCUCGGCUGUCGGGAGCGGGACGUGUUCCCCUUCUCCCCGGCCUUCUCCCGCAACAUCUCCAACCGCCGCAGCUGCAGCUGGAAGCCUGUGUUAAAAUGGGUUUGAAUCGCCUCACCUGCGAAGCGUCCUGAAAAAAAGAGAGGAAACAAAUACAGAAAUUACUGGGGGAAUAAAAAAGCUCAGCAGGUCUGGCAGCGCCUAUGGAGAGAAAUCACAGAGUUAACAGUUUCGGGUUCAGUAACCUUUCUUCAGAAUCUCUGAAAAGAGAGGAUUUAUCCACGCAGAGUGGACAUCGAGAUGUCUCCAAGUACUUUGCAGCCAGCGAAUUACUUCGGAAGUGUCAUCGUUUUUUUCUGUGUAAAAGGGAAACUGCAGCCGAUUCCUUACUCACCCACAAGCAGCAGUGACCAGAUCAUCUGUUUUUUGUGAUGCUGAUUGAGGGACAGAUAUUGGCCAGGACACCAAGGACAGCUCCGCUGCUCUUCUUUGCAACAGUGCAUGGGAUCUUUUUGCAUCCACUCGAGCCGGCAGAUUGUGCCUUGAUUUGACCUCUCAUUCCUCUGACAGAGUAGCACUCCCUCACUGCAGCAUCAGAAUCUCAGUCUUGUACUUGUACUUGAGAGUAGCUAUAAACUUGUGCCUCUUUGGCAAGUGCUACCAGUUGAUCCACAGUUGAUGUUGAGGGGUAGAACUUAUUGUCAACUAGCAGAAGCACGUAUGUCACUUGUGCAUGCCGGCAUGGUUUUCAUUCCUUUGGGUCAUGAUGUAUAAUGGGCAUAUUAUGUGAUAGCACCAGUUUUGUACCACAACUUUGGGAUUGGUUAGAUCAGUUGGCCGGACGGUUCGUUUUCAGUGCAGAAUGAUGCCAGCACUGUGGGUUCAAUUCCUUCACCACCUGAUCUCCCCGUGAAGGUUUCUCCAUCUCAACCUCUCCCCAUGCCUGAGACAUGGUGACCCUCAAGUCUAAACCACCACUAGUCGUCUUUCUGUCAUGAGCUGGUAGCCGAUUGGUCCGAUAGGACUAUCUUCACUUUUGCCCUGCGCCACAAAUGAAAGCCCCCAUAGUUAACAUCACGGAAUGAUUUAUCAAGGAGGUAGCUCCUUUUCAAGGACUAUCCCUUGAGUAAUCUAACAAACAAUGUUCUCCUCAACUUUGUUUCCUGUCUAACGCUUGCUUCCAAUGAAUCAGAAUGUCAAAAGUGAGGAGGAAGGUUACUGUUGAAAAUUCAAAGACCAUUUCUGAGAGCACAUCACGUAGACCCAGUGUGUUUGAAAGGCUUGGGCCUAGCACAGGUUCAAGUGCUGAGACACAAUGCCGUAAUUGGAUGAAAACUGGGCUGUGUCCAUAUGGGAACACUUGUAGGUUCACGCAUGGAUCCUCACCCAGAGGUAAAGGAUAUAGUGCCACAUACAGAAGAUCUCCAGAAAGGCCAACUGGUGAUUUACGAGAGAGAAUGAAGAACAAAAGGCAAGAUGUGGAAUCUGAGCCACAGAAGAGAGCCCAGGAUGAAACUUCAUCUCCAACAAGGAGGGAUUCUUCGAGGAGCAGACAUAGGGAAAAAGAAGAUGCUAACCUCAAGAUUACAAAGGAGCGCACCCCAGAAAGUGAGGAAGAACCAGCUGAUUGGGAAGCAAGCAGGGAUGAUUCUGAUAAUGGAGAUAUUAACUAUGAUUAUGAUCAUGAACUGUCUCUUGAGCUGAAGCGGCAGAAAAUACAACGGGAGCUGAUGAAACUUGAACAGGAAAACAUGGAAAAAAGAGAGGAAAUAGUCAUCAAGAAGGAGAUUUCUCCAGAACCAGUGAGAAAUAAGCACUCCCCGUCUCCAAGAAAGACAAGCAAAUCUCCUAAGCGCAGAACAAGUCCCAAAUUAUCUUCAUCUGGUAAGAAAGAGAAAAAAGGAUCAAGAUUUUCAUCACCUGUAGGAGACCAGCAAAGAAGAUCUUCAAAGGUGCAACAGGGUAAAAAGAAAGGGCCUCGUACUCCAAGCCCACCACCCCCUAUUCAUGAAGAGAUUCCUGUAACUAAAAAACAUAAAGAAAAACUAAGGGCAAAGGAGAGAAUUGAAGAAAAGGCCCGUGAAAGUAGAGAAAAAGGAAGGGAUGUAGAAAGGCAUAAAGAGAGAAAAGAAAAACACAGGGAUCAUUCAGAUAGCCUGCAUAGACAGAAGAGGUCUCUAAGUCCUGAGGAGCAGUCUGGCAGCACCUCUUCUCGUUCCAGAGAGUAUUCCCCACCAACAGCAAGGAAAAAAUCAGUCUCUCCAGCUCCACCUAAGUCAACUUCAUCUUCCUCUUCUUGGAAGCAUUCUUUCUCCCCACGUCACAGCAGAUCGCCAUCUUCCCAGAGACAACAUCAAACGCCCACAGUAUCUAGGCAGCACUCCCCAUCCUCACGGUCAGCUUCACCUGGAACAAGACAGUCAACGUCACCACAUCACAAGAGAUCCACUUCACCGAGUUACCAUCGUGCUGCAACUCCUUCUCGAAGGCGUUCUCCAUCACCCUAUGCUCCACGCUCCUCAUCUCCACAAAGAAAACAGAGCCCAGUCAGGCACAGAUCCUCUGGCCAAGAAAAGGGCAAACAUGAACAGGAAACCUCGCCAUUACAAGAGCGACGUCGUGAAAAAAGGGAAGAAAGCAGAGGAAAACGGGAAAGAGAAAAGGAGAACAAAGAUGGUCGUGACCAGCGGGAUUAUGAACAUGAUCAGACUACUCUUCAAGAAAGGGAUGAGCGAAUGCACAGGGAUGGCCGCGAUACUCGAAACAGUCGCGAUCGCAAAGAAGUGAAAGACAACAGUGAACGCAGAGAUUACAGAGAAUCACACGAGACUCGUGAUACACGAGACCUCCGGGAUUACAGAGACAGCAAAGACUCUCGAGAUCUGAGAGAGCAACGUUCUGGACGAGAUGCUCAUGACUAUAGAGAAAGCAGAGACUCCCAUCGGAAAGAUGAACAGUGUCAUGACGACCGUGAGUACGGUCGAAGUCAUAGCAAAGAUGAAAAUUCCCGGAUUGACACCAGGAGUGAAAGUAGAAAUGACUCCAGGAGCGAGGGAAGGAUUGACUCCAGGAGCGACGGAAGGACUGACUCCAGGAGCGACGGACGGAUUGACUCCAGGAGCGACGGACGGAUUGACUCCAGGAGCGAGGGCAGGAUUGACACCAGGAGCGAGGGCAGGAUUGACUCCAGGAGCGAGGGCAGGAAUGACUCCAGGAGCGAGGGCAGGAAUGACUCCAGGAGCGAGGGCAGGAAUGACUCCAGGAGCGAGGGCAGGAUUGACUCCAGGAGCGAGGGCAGGAUUGACUCCAGGAGCGAGGGCAGGAUUGACUCCAGGAGCGAGGGCAGGAUUGACUCCAGGAGCGAGGGCAGGAAUGACUCCAGGAGCGAGGGCAGGAAUGACUCCAGGAGCGAUGGCAGGAAUGACUCCAGGAGCGAGGGCAGGAAUGACUCCAGGAGCGAGGGCAGGAUAGACUCCAGGAGCGAGGGCAGGAUAGACUCCAGGAGCGAGGGCAGGAUAGACUCCAGGAGCGAGAGCAGGAUUGACUCCAGGAGCGAGAGCAGGAUUGACACCAGGAGCGAGAGCAGGAUUGACACCAGGAGCGAGAGCAGGAUUGACACCAGGAGCGAGAGCAGGAUUGACACCAGGAGCGAAAGUAGAAAUGACUCCAGGAAUGAGGGCAGGAUCGACUCCCGGAGCGAGGGCAGGCUGGACUCCCGGAGUAGCAGCAGGCUGGACUCCCGGAGCGACGGUCGGGGUGACUCGAGGAGCGAGGGCAGGAUUGACUCCCGGAGUGGCAGCAGACUAGACUCACGGAGCGAGGGCCGGGGUGACUCCAGAUGCGAGGGCCGGGGUGACUCCCGGAGUGAAAGCAGGCUGGAAUCCAGGACUGAGGGUAGGGGUGACUCCCGGAGUGAAAGCAGGCUGGAAUCCAGGACUGAGGGUAGGGGUGACUCCCGGAGCGAAAGCAGGCUGGAAUCCAGGACUGAGGUCAGGGGUGACUCCCGGAGCGAAAGCAGGCUGGAAUCCAGGACUGAGGGCAGGGGUGACUCCCGGAGCGAAAGCAGACUGGACUCCAGGACUGAGGGUAGGGGUGACUCACGGAGCGAAAGCAGGCUGGACUUGCGGAGCGAGGGCAGGGGUGACUCCAGGAGCGAGGGCAGGGGUGAUUCCAGGGGAGAGUGCAGGAAUGAUUCCAGGAGCGAGGGGAGGGGUGACUCCAGGAACGAGAGCAGGAAUGAUGCCAGGAGUGAUGUUAGGUGUGAGAGCCGGAUUGAGAGCAGGAUUGAUGCCAGGACUGACAUGAGGAGUGAAAGCAGGAGUGAUGCCAGGACUGACAUGAGGAGUGAAAGCAGGAUUGAUGCCAGGACUGAUGUCAAGAGUGAGAGCCGGAAUGAUGUCAGAAACGAUGCUAGAAGUGACUCCAGAAAUGAAAGGACAGCCAGGGGGAGAGGAAGAGGAUCAGACUUAAUGGAAAAGGGGGGCCGUGGAACUAGAGGCACUCAAUUUGACACACACAGCACAAGCAGCAGUUACCAUGAAAACUGGGAUACAAGAACUGGAUACACAGAAAGAGAUCGAUAUGAUCGAGACCAAAGCAGGGAUGCUUCCUUUGAUAGGCGUGGUCAUACAGAAAGGGAUAGGCGUGAAAAUAGAGAUCGCGAAAGAGACCAUGCAGCUAGUUCUGGCACACGGCAUCCUGGCCGAACUGAUGAUCAUGACCAUGAGGACAAAAAGGAUGAGAGGAGAUCAGAUCGAGAAGAGAGGAGGGAUGAGAGGCUAAGGGAAAGAGAGCGAGAAAGGGAUCGUGACAAAGAUCGAGAUAGAGACAGAGAGCGAGAAAAGGAAAGAGAGUUAGAUCGAGAGCGGGAGCGGGAAAGAGCCCGUGAACGAGAUCGAGAGAAAGAGCGAGAGAAAGAACGGGAACGAGACAGGGGUAAGGAGAGAGAGCGAGAACGGGAAAGGGACAGGGAGAGAGACAGAGAAAGGGACAGAGAGAAGGAGAGAGAGAGGGUUAAAGAUAGGGACCGGGAAAGGGAGAAGCAAAAAGACUGGGAUGAGAAAGAUAAAGGAAGAGAUGAACGCAAAGAUAAAAAGGAUGAUCAGCGAGAAGACCGAGAUUUGCGGGAAGGUCACGGAGAAAGAAAAACAAGGAAACGACCUCGAACAGAAAGCAGCCUCAGUCCAUUGGCAAAGCGUGUCCGUGAAGAAUCUCCGGAUAGCGAUACUUACAACAGUAGUGAUGAAAAAAGUGAGAAGCACAGGUUGUUGAGUCAGGUUGUGCGCCCACAGGAUUUCCGGGCCCUCAGUCCGUCCCGUGCAGUCGAAGACAGAACAAGCAGCUGGAAAGAGGAUGACAGGAAGUCAGACAAAAAAGAAAGUGCAAGGCGGCGGGAAGACCAUUCCAUGAGAGAACGGGUUUCUUCAGGUGACAAGCAAAGGGAGCAUGUUGCAGAUACUGUUGAGAGCUCACGAGUCAGAGAAUCAGACAGCACUGCUCACCAUGCUGCUGAGGAUAGAGAGGUACUUCUCGGACUACACGAAUAUGGUAAGAAAAAGACUAAAGGGCCACGGAAAUUUCAGAAGAGAAACAGGAGGGAUGAAGAUUAUCUAUCUGACAAAUAUGUUCCGGAGCCUGUAGUGGAGGAACCUUUAGUUUUGUCACCUAGGAAACCUCCGAAAAAGAAAAACGCCGAUAAGAAGCGAAAACGCUCAAAAGGUGAUUCUGAGCCUUCCGAUGAGGAAGUGGUUUCACAGGCCAAAAAGUGGAAGGGGCCCAGGACGCCACCUGUUACGCUAAAGGAAGAAUCUGUAGAAGAAGUGUCUGAAAAGAGCGUUGAAGGAAACACACAUGGAACAGGAGAUGUGGUCUUCAGCGACUGGUCAGAUGAAGAUGUGCCAGAACGCGAGGAAAGUAUCAUUUCUGACAAGAGCAUUGAUGAAACUCGAAGGAAAGGUCAUAGAAGUAAGGUGGAGAAAGUGGAGCUCCCUGCCGUGGCAGAUGACCGUAUGCGUAAAACCGAUGAGCACAAACGAAGCAGCAGCCUUGGCAGUAACCGCAGCCGGACUUCAAGUCGUUUACGAUCACCGUCCAAUGAAUCUACCCACCGCAGUGGAGAUGACCAGAGUGGCGGGAGGAGAUUGCAGCACGGAACGUCGAGAGAUGGGCAGAAGUAUGGAAGUAUCAAGUCUAGCGAACGGAAAUCCCGAAUAGAUCAGCUCAGACGUGGGGAGCCCAGCCGCAGCACCUCUUCAGAUCGUCAAGAUUCGAGGAGUCACAGUUCUAGACGAAGCUCCCCUGAAUCUGAUCGACAAGCUCGCUCCCGGGCUGGAUCGUUUGAGAGUAGAGAAAAGCUUCAAGAGGGUGAACUUGACCGAGAUCGUGAAAGACGAGAGAGAAGGGAAUGGGAACGGGAUGGGGAACACCGAGACUGGGUUAAAACCAGGGACAGAAAUAGAGACCGGCGAAGAGAGGUCAACAAAGAGCGGGAGAAGCCACCAGCAGAAGUGCCUGAUAAAGACAAGGAGCGAACUCUAGAAGCUGCUUCCACAUUGGAACAGCCCCGAGUAGAGCUAAGACCAGGAAGAGAAUCUGAAAAGCAAUUUGAGCAAGUUGAAACUGCAACUGUGUUAAACAAUGAAAGGGAUGUAAAUGACGGGGUGAAAGAACCAGAGAGUGAUGAGAACCAUGCCGAUGAACCUGUUGAUGCCGUCGAAGGUGAGCAUGAUGGGAAAGUUGAUGAUGCGCAGUACUCGGUGUCAGGGUCUUGUGAGGAAUAUGAGCCAAUUAGCGAUGAUGAGCUGGAUGAAAUACUGGCAGAUGAUGCAGAGAAAAGAGAAGAGAACCAGGACGAAGAAAAAAUACCAGAUCCUAUGGAUGUGAUUGAUGUCGAUUGGUCCAGCCUGUUGCCCAAGCAGCCUAAAGAGCCAAGGGAGCCUGGAGCUGCUCUGUUAAAGUUCACCCCCGGAGCAAUCCUGUUACGAGCGGGAAUAUCCAAGCGUCUGGCUGGUGCAGAAUUGUUUGCCAAGGUCAAUGAAACUUGUCGGGCUGCUAUGAACAACACCAAAGAUGCAGAAAACCUUUUCGAACAUGAGCUUGGAGCCCUCAACAUGGCUGCUGUACAGAGAAAAGAGGAGAGAGCGAGUUUGCUUAGUAACCUGGGACCCUGCUGCAAAGCACUUUGCUCUCGUAGGGAUCUUGCCAUUCGUAAACAGCUAUUAAGAAAUGAAAGAGGUACAAUAAAGCAGAUAUACACAAAUCCACCAGUCGUGGACAAUGACCUUCUGAGAUCAAGCCUUCGGUUGUUCAAACGCAAGGCAUUAUGUCGGGGUCCUGGACAGGAAAAAAGUGAUGAGACCAAGAUUUCUCGACCAAAGGUUAAACAGGAAGUUUGUGUGACGUAAAAUUUUAGCAACAUCAUGGAUUGAGUUUGAUUUUGGUGUAUCUGUAUAUAAAGAACUGGACCUCACACCUGAAUAAUUGGAAGGAUACUAUGUGCUUAUUUACAAGCCUGACUCAGGACCUGUAAUGGUCAAACUUUAAAGUUCCAGCUUUCACGAGUGUUUGUUUUAGGAGUUCUGAUCACCUUGUCAGAUACUGUUCUAUGUACUGGACAAGUGGAUGUUUCAUUUUUGCAGUACAGUUUUGAAGUCUUUAAUAAAACCUUGUCAGCUUUGUGCUUUUUUUUUGUUUAAAUGUGUUUUUUUUAUUAAAGGUGUGUGCAAAAAAAGGUGAAUUAUCGGAAUUAAAUCCAAUCACAAUUUAA